AUGUUAGUAUUUGUGGAGUUGCUUUUAAUAGCAUUGCCUGAAGUGGUGUGCAAGAAUCCUAGCCUUCAAUGUGACUUGCAGGAGCCUCUUCCUAUUCGGCACACCUAUCAUCAGCUUGGCGAAAUUAAUGUUGCUGGCAUUAUUUCUGCCUUCUUUGCAUCUUCUAAUCCCGUUGAUUUCAUUCAAGAUCCUUCUCAGGAAUUUCAUGAUGGACUUGUUAGGAAGCCUUUGAGGUUCCAAGCUGAAUCUGGCAGAGGUGACAUUAGCCUUCUAAGGCACAGUUAUGGUGGUCAGGUUCAUUCUUUUCUGAGAAAUGUCAGAUUCAACAACAGUGUUGGUGAACAGAUCUCCUUUGAUAAAAAUGGAGAGUUCAUUGGUGGAUUUGAUAUUAUCAACUGGAUCACAUUCCCAAACCAAUCCUUUGCUAGGGUCAAAGAUGGAGUGGUAGAUCCCACAGCUCCAGCAGACAAGUUCUUCAAUAUUUCUGUAAAUUCCAUCACAUGGCCAGUAGGCUUUAAUCAGCCUCUUCCUAUUCGGCACACCUACCAUCAGCUUGGAGACAUUAAUAUUGCUGGCAUUAUUUCUGCCUUAUUUGCAUCUACUAAGUCCAUUGAGUUCAUUCAAGAUCCUUCUCAGACAGUUCAUGAUGGAAUUAUAGUAUUUUUUCAGAAUUACCAGCAUAUCCUGGCCUUAGCAUUUACUAUACAACAGAUUAAUGAAAAUCCCCAGAUCCUAACCAACAUCACACUGGGCUUCCACAUUUUUAACAGCAAUUUUAGCCCAAGCUGGACUUACUUUGCUUCAAUGGUCCUACCUUUCACUCAGGGAAAAUUCAUCCCUAACUACAAGUGUGGGAUCACAAAUACUUUGGCUGCAGUCAUUGGGGCACCUGACAUCUCCCUUCACAUGGCAAGUGUGCUGUGUAUCUACAAAGUUCCUCAGUUGAUAUAUGGCUCUGCUCCAGCCAUGAAUAAAGAGACUCAAGCAGUUUUCUUCCAACAAAUGUUUCCGAAUGAAUCCCACCAACACAAGGGUCUCCUGCAGUUAUUGCUGUAUUUUAGAUGGAUCUGGAUUGGAAUUCUUCUAGUAAAAGAUGAGAAAGGAGAGAAAUUCCUCUGGCAGGUUAUUUCCACCUUUUUGGAGCAUGGCAUCUGCAUUGAAUUCAUAGCAGAGUUACCAAAUGUAGCUUUUUAUAGUGAUUUUACUGAUAUGUUAGAUGAAGGAUUACAUAUAUUCCAUGUUCUCAUGAACAGCACAGCCAAUGUGAUAAUCUUGUAUGGUGAAACUCAGUCCUUAGCAGUUCUGAGAACUUUCCUCCAGUUUUCAGAAGUGGAGGAUUUGCCAAAGAAGAAAAAGAUCUGGUUUAUAACAGCUCAGACAGAUUACACCUCAGUUACCUUUCAUAAAUCUUGGGAUAUCCAUUUUCUACAUGGUGCUUUAUCCUUUGCAGUUCACACAAAGGGGAUCCCAGAAUUCCAUGAAUUUCUUCAGAACUUGAAUCCAAACAACAACCAGCAUGAUCAUUUUCGAAAAGUUUUUUGGGAACAGGCAUUUGAUUGCUUCUUUUCAAACUUGGAAACUGAGACCUCUGAGAAAAAGUGUACUGGACAGGAGAGGCUUGAGACUCUUCCCACAUCUAUAGACCUCCAAGAUAUUUUCAGCCAAAAACAGACCAGAUUGAGAAAUCAACACCAUGUUCAUUCUUUUCUGAGAAGUGUCAGAUUCAACAACAGCGUUGGUGAAAAGAUCUCCUUUGAUAAAAAUGGAGAGUUCAUUGGUGGAUUUGAUAUUAUCAACUGGAUCACAUUCCCAAACCAGUCCUUUGCGCGGGUGAAAGUUGGAGUGAUAGAUCCCACAGUUCCAGAAGAGAAGUUCUUCAAUAUUUCUGUAGAUUUCAUCACAUGGCCAGUAGGCUUUAUUCAGGAAUUACCUUCAUCUUUGUGUAAUGAUCCUUGUGAGACAGGAUACAGCAAGGCCAAGAAAGAAGGGAAGUUGUUUUGUUGCUAUGAUUGCCAUCGGUGUGCAGAGGGGAAAAUAUCAAAGGAGAAGGACGUAGAUGAUUGUUUUCCAUGUCCAGAAGGUCAAUAUCCAAAUCCUAGCAAAAAUAUGUGCAUUCCAAAGCGGAUCACCUUUUUGUCCUAUGGAGAACCUUUAGGGAUCAAUCUGACUGUUCUUUCUCUUUACUUUUCUUUAAUGACAACUUUGGUAAUCACAAUCUUCAUGAAACACAAAGACACUCCCAUCGUCAAAGCCAACAACCGGAAUCUCACUUAUACACUCCUAGUUUGUCUUCUCCUCUCUUUCCUUUGUGUCUUUCUAUUUGUUGGGAGGCCCAAUACGAUUGUGUGUCUCUUUCGACAACCAGCUUUUGGCCUCAUCUUUUCUGUGGCAGUUUCUUGUGUAUUGGCCAAAACUUUUGUUGUAGUUCUAGCUUUUAUGGCCACCAAACCUGGUUCCAAAUUGAGGAAAUGGGUGGGUGGAAGAAUGGUCAGCUACAUUAUUCUUUCCUGCUCCUUUGUUCAAAUAUGUGUUUGUGCUGUGUGGCUGAUAAGAUUCCCACCAUAUCCAGAUUUUGAUACACAGUCAAUGUCUGAAGAAGUCAUCUUGGAGUGCAAUGAAGACUCAGUCAUGUUCUACUGUGUUUUGGGCUUUAUGGGUUUCCUUGCUCUGGUUAGCUUCUCUGCUGCUUUUUUAGCUAGGAAUUUACCUGACAGUUUCAACGAAGCCAAAUUCAUCACCUUUAGCAUGUUGGUCUUCUGCAGUGUUUGGCUGUGCUUUAUUCCAACCUAUCUAAGCACAAGGGGAAAAUAUACCUUGGCUGUGGAGAUCUUCUCCAUGAUCUCCUCCAGUGCAGGAUUAUUGGUCUGUAUAUUUCUUCCCAAGUGUUUUAUUAUCGUGAUGAGACCUGAACUGAAUGAUAAACACCAGCUCAUGAAGAGAAAGUUUUAA